AGCAAGCAAUGCAGCAGUAUAUACACACAAGGACAGGUGAGGUGAGUUGCACGUUUUGCUACGACCAUGGCGUUCUUCCUCCCUCUCGCGUUCUCCCUCUUCCUCGCCGUCAUCUCCGCCUACGUCCUCCAGCUCCUCGCCGACGCUCGCCGCCGGCUGCCGCCAGGCCCGUGGCCGCUGCCGCUGAUCGGCAACCUCCACCAGCUCGACCACCUGCCGCACCGCUCCCUCGCGCGCCUCGCCGCGCGCCACGGGCCGCUCAUGUCGCUCCGCCUCGGCACCGUGCGCGCCGUCGUCGCGUCGUCGCCGGAGAUGGCGCGGGAGGUCCUGCAGCGGCACAACGCCGACAUCGCCGCCAGGUCCUUCGGCGACUCCAUGCGCGCCGGCGGCCACUGCGAGAACUCCGUGGUUUGCCUGCCCCCGCGCCGCAGGUGGCGCGCCCUGCGGCGGCUCAGCACCGUCGGGCUCUUCUCGCCGCGCCGGCUCGACGCCAUGAGGGCUCUCCUGGAGGAGAAGGUGGCCGAGCUUGUCCGCCGCGUGUCCGGCCACGCCGCGCGCGGCGAGGCCGUGGACGUGGGCCACGCCGCGCACGUCGCCGCGCUGGGCGUCCUGUCGCGCACCAUGUUCUCCGUCGACCUCGACCCCGAGGCGGCGCGCGAGGUGAGCGACAUCGUGGACGAGGCGUCGGUGCUGGGCACCGGGCCGAACGUCUCCGACUUCUUCCCGGCGAUCGCGCCGGCCGACCUCCAGGGAGUUCGCCGGAGGAUGGCGAGGCUGGUGAAGAGGAUGUACGCCAUCAUUGACGAGCAGAUCGAGCGGAGGAUGCAUGGCCGCACCGCCGGCGAGCCACGCAAGAACGACCUGCUCGACGUGAUGCUGGAGGAGGGGGAGAGUAAAGAAGAUAGCAACGAAAUUAACCGUGAUGCCAUCCGUGGACUUUUUACAGAUUUGUUCACUGGUGGAGAGACGACUUCUCACACAAUGGAGUGUGCAAUGGCAGAACUAUUGCAGUGUCCAAACUCGAUGAGAAGGGUGCACGAACUCAAGAGUGUGAUAGGCAGCAAACAACAAAUGGAUGAACAUGAUAUUACCAAACUGCCCUACCACCAUACGAGGCCGAAGCCACGAUAGAAAUACAAGGUUACACCAUUCCUAAGGGAGCGAAAGUGCUUAUAAACUUGUGGGCGAUCAAUCGAUGCGCCAACACAUGGACCGAGCCAGAUAAGUUCAUGCCAGAGAGGUUCUACGAUAGUGACAUUACUUUCAUGGGGAGGGAUUUUCAACUAAUUCCUUUUGGAGCUGGAAAGCGCAUUUGCCUUGGAUUGCCACUAGCUCACAGAAUGGUCCAUUUGAUGCUUGGCUCGUUGCUACACCGAUUCACAUGGACAUUGCCAGCUGAGGCUGGGAAAAAUGGAGUGGAUAUGAGGGAGAGGUUUGGGUUAACACUAUCAUUUGUUGCUCCCCUCUAUGUAAUAGCUCAAGAAAUACAAUAAGAAACAUGUGACUUUUUUAUGAUGAAGAAUAGAAGAACAUUACAAAUGUAAUGCGAUGAUAGCUGCUCUAAAUAUGUAAUCACCCAAGAUAUUUUCUGAUACACGAAGUAUUGUAAAACAAAAAUAGGAUGUGAAGUGAGUGUAAUUCAACUGGCAAUGUUUCUUGUGAUGAAACCUACCUAUCCGGUUAUUCAA